GCUAAAUGUGUUCUGUCAUGAUAGUCUGCUUCAGUAUCCAUUUGACGCCUUUCUCUUUCAUACCGCCGGGCCACCGUACCACAUCCUGUCGACGACACUCCGAACGUUCAUGAGUCGCAUCGCGAUGCUAGCUUAUCAUGAUGGCCAUCCAUCCACAUUCUUCGGACAAGGAGAACAUUUGGAUGCAUGGACUGUUUCGCGCUGCAAGAGCCACAAAGCCUGUGACGGCAAGCCAGAUCGAGCACUUUGAGCGCACAUGGGACGGGCUAUUUCACGUCCGCAGGCUGGCACUCUGGCACUGGACAGCAUAGACGGGGGAACAGCCUGGCUCGGUGCUCAUAACAAUCAUGUUCUCCACGAAGCUUUUGUGACAUGCAUCACGAUGUAUUGGCUACUGCGCCAUCGCGUACUCGAGGGAGCCGUAUUCAUUGCUACUCUCUUUGUGCUUUGCCGAGCAGUCGCACUGCUGAUGUUCCGACGAGCGCGGAACUCCGAGCUUCAGUGCUUUAGCGGGGGCAUCAGUUGGGCGGUACGCCCAACCGUCCCAUCAAAUUUCCGGACUGUUUCAUGUUGACAGAAUCCAGAACGACAGAUAGAAUGUUCGGUUCCGCAGGCUUGUAUGCGUCAUCCGCAAAUUUCUUUUGCGAGCGAUGUCUCAGUAUCCAACGAUCUUAGCACCUUUGCUGAAGGCCUGAUUGCAUGAUUGGUAUAUGACUCGAUAUUAUUGCUGUCGGACAGAUGCCACAUCGCAAGCGUUUGUUCUUACUAAUGGCCCCGGGUCG